UCCAAGUCUUUCAAAAUUGACAAAAUACAACAAUGCCUGAACAAUCGGAUAUAUUGACCUCUCAACAACAACAACAACGGCCACCACCAAAAGUGCCCCCAAAGCCUAAAGUGCCACCUAAACCACCAAGAGAAAAGUUGGAAAAUAAACAACAACAACAGCAACAGCAACAACAUCCAAUUUUAGAAGCAAAAAUAAAAGAAGAAAUAAAAGAGGAAAAUAAUAUUAAUAAUAUUAAAUCUGAAUUAUUCAAAAGAGCAAAUUCUGUUAGACUACCAAAAUCAGAACCUUUUAAAAUUACGACUUUACCUUCAACAUCAACAACUAUUAUAAAACCUUCUGCUAGACCCCCGCCUCCACCUCCUAAAGCAAUAAAAUCAGAAUUAAUUGAACAAAGGCCGAGAUUACCAGACAACCCACCGCCUCCACCACCAAAACAAUUUACUACUUACCAACAGCAACAACCACAAAUAAACAACAAUAAUUCUAAUUCUGAAAUUUAUACUGAAAUUGAAGCAAAUAAUGAACAAUCUACAAAUAAACCACAAAAAUUACAACAAAAAAUAUCCUUAGAAAUAAAUAAAAAUUUGAGAAGAAGAAGCAAUGAAAGGCGAAGAACUACUCAAUUUGAGCUUUUUAAUGAAGGCAAAAUUGUUAAAAAACAAAAUGAUGAUAAUGAAAAUUAUAAUGACAUCGAGAAUAAUGCUUCUGAUUUAACGUUAAAAAAUUCAAAAUCUACUCGUUUCUCCCACAUUCCACGCUCAUCAACUACCGAUUAUAAAUGUGAAAAUGUAUCUACAGCAUUAACUAACUCAAUUCAUGUACUUCCCUCUUGUGCUAGUCAAAGACUGUCUAGGGCUCAAGAUUUUGGACGUUUUGGUAUUGGAAUAAAACAAAAUUUGGCUAAAGGGAUGUGUAAAAUCCGUUCAAGAAUGUCUUAUCUUUCCUCUGCUUCCUCUUCUCCUUCACCUUCUUUUAAAAACGUGAACAACAAAAGAAAUGAUUUUAGUACAAUGACUUUGGAUAGACAUCAAAACUUCUCUAAUCAAUCUAAUAGCAACAAAAAACAAAAGCAAUUUAAAAGAAAUUCAACAUUUUAUUUGGAUGAAAAUGAGGAAGAGGAAGGAAACAACAGCAACAAAAAUAACAACAACAAAAACAAUAUUUCACAGCAGGAAAAUGAGGAGGAAAGGGAAGAACAAUUUUUAGAAGAAAAUGACUAUUUUGAUGAUGAUUGGUCAAGCAGCACAGAUACUAAUACCUCUAAUUUAGAAAAACAAGAAGAGGAAGACGAAGAAGAAUAUAUGGCUGAAGCAACAACAUUUUCUUUUGAAGAUUCAUCUCCAGCUGCUCACCACCACCGCCCUUCUUUACAAGAAGAAAUACAACUUGCAUUAGAACGAUUAAAACACGGCGGUGAACCAUCAUUUAUGAGAGAGGAAGAAAAAGUAAUGGUGGUGGAUGAAUCUCAAGAAGUUAUGGAAAACAACAAAACUUCAAAAACAGUUGAAGAAAAUAAUUAUCAAAUUGUACUAGACGAACAAACAACAAAUAAUCAUUUAAAAAAAUUAAAAGAUGAUGAUUUUGAAGAGCAACAACUUUCUUCAAAAUUUGCUUCAUUAUAUUCUAAAUUACCAGAUCAACAACCUCUUUAUCAAAUUUAUUUAUUACAAGAACAACAAAGAAUUAAUGAAUCAUUGGAACCUAUUGAAGAAAUUUUAAAUAUUGGAAAGAAAAAAAUGUUAAAGAGAAAAGAAAGGGAAGGAGGAGAGGGUGAAAUUGAUGAAGAAGAUGGGGAAGGUGAAAAGAAGAGUGAGGAGGAGGAAGAAGAAAAGGAUGAAAUAGAUAGUGGUUGUCCAGAAUCGGAUGAACAACAACAACACCCUUCUUCAGAUCCAACUAGUAUCAGUAGAAGUUGUUCUGCCAGUAAUUCCUCAGCAGUUAUUCGAAGACAUUCCUCUUCUACAACAGAUUCGGGACGAGCUGAUUCACUCAUUAUUCGACCUUUAAAACGUGAACGUCUUCUAGGCCAGAGUAUUUUUGCUUCACAACGCUCGUUAUGGUGUGAAUUGCCAGAAGUGAAAGAAUCUGGUAUUCUAGAACAACUGAACGAGGAUCAGAGAAAGCUGCAAGAAGCAUAUUUUGAGGUAAUUACAUCAGAAGCCUCCUACUUGCGUUCCAUUUCUUUUCUGAUUUCACAUUUUAUGUCAGCACCAGAAUUAAUGGGAAGCAAAAAUACACAAUCUGUGAUAACGAGUUCUGAAAGGAAACAAUUAUUUAGCAAUAUUUUGGCAAUUCGUGAUUGUAGCGAACACUUACUCGUAGAAUUAGAAACUCGUUUAAAACAAGGAUUAGUAUUACCCGAUAUUUGCGAUAUUCUUUGUGCUCAUUUUGAAACACAAUUUGAACCUUAUAUUAAUUACUGCUCUAAUCAAGAAUAUCAAGACAGAACACUUAAAAAAUUAAGAACAGAAAAUGGAUUAUUUAAUUCUUGUAUUCAACGAUUGGAGAAGGACCGGGAAUGUCAUGGAUUGGAUAUCCGUUCAUUUUUGAUGUUACCGAUGCAAAGAAUUACACGUUACCCGUUACUAAUUGAUGCUAUAUUGCAGUGGUUACAUCAAGACCAGCAUCAACAUUCGUUAGCAACACGAGCUUUAACACUUGCAAAUCAAGCAGUGCAUAAUUGUAAUGAAGGUGCUAGAAGGAUGGAACAUACAGAAAAGAUGUUGGAUAUUGAAUCGCGUUUAAUUUAUAAAUGUAAAGAUUUGAAAAGAAUUGCUUUAGUAACUAGUGGAAGGUAUGUAGUGAAAAGUGGACAGUUAAUUCAGUUGGCCGAAAAAAGAAAUGGAGAGUCUAAAACAAAAUUGGCUUUGGCUGCUAGAAGUGGGGGAAUGAAGGCUCGCCCCCUCGCGUUUUUUCUCUUCAAUGAUCUCCUAUUAAUUACAAAACGUCGUCUAAAUGGACAAUUUGUUUGUAAAGAUUAUGCUUAUCGUCGUUUUGUUGUUUUUGAACCUUUAGAAUUAAACAAUUUGCGCGUUCCUCCAGGGGUAACUUCAGCAUUAGGAAGUGGAAGAAAUGCUCAUUUACUUUCUUGUGUUUUAUUUCAAAAUGCUAGAGGGAGACAAGUUGAAUUACUUUUAAGUGCUGAAAAUGAAAGUGAUCGAGAACGUUGGUUAACUGCUAUGAGGCCACCUACUUGUGCUAACCCUGACGAAAAAAUUUAUGAAGAAUGGGACUGCCCUCAAGCUGUAGCUGUACACAAUUAUGUGCCUACUGAAGAAGACCAGUUAGGACUUUCACCUGGUGAUGUAGUCAACGUUUUAAGAAAAUUGGCGGAUGGUUGGUAUUAUGGAGAAAGAAUUCGUGAUAAACGUGGGGGGUGGUUUCCAUCUUCCUACGUUCAGCAAUUAAUGAAUGAUCAUGUGAGGGCACAAAAAUAUAAACAACGAUUUAGAGUAUUACAGGUGGAUAUUGAGAGUUGUUUUAUUAAAAGAAAAAUACAAAAAACAAUCAGAAUUAAUUUUAAAAUUUCUGAAGAAUGA